GCCAGUGUCUGCCCGGGGACGGUCCUCGUUACCACCACUGCUCUUCCCUCCUUCCUUCACUCAGCUUCUUUCUUUAACCCUGAAUUGCGUUAUUCGGCUAUUUUGUUCCAGUGAGUGUUAAUGAUAGGAAAAGAAACAGGAAUAGGGACAAAGAGGCAGCCGUGAGAGCCGUCCCGCCGCUGAGAGCAGCACUGCGACACAGAGAAACUCAACAAUGGCCUCAGCCUCUGUGCUAAAAUGGUUCCCCGAGGCUCUUUACUACUCAGCCCUCAACGUGGUGGUGCAUCACUACGAGAACGUGAGACACGAGCUGCGGAUAUUCCCUCCCUCGGUGCAGUUCGACGUGUUGUUCAAGCUGUUCAGGAAUGGGUGUCUGGCAGAGGUGAGGGCUGAGCUGAGUGACCUGGAUGUGAUAACGCGCAUGCUGAAAGUUGGAGACAAGAGACAUCUGCUUCAUCACUGUUUCCAGGCCUUAAUGGACCAAGCACUUGGGGACCACAGCACCAAAAUUUCUUCAGUCAUAUCACAAGCCUAUGUGGACCGGUGUAAUCAGGAGGCACUCAGUGAUAAGCAGCGGGACAGCUUGGUGCUGCACGGGCUGGCUGUAUCAGCAUUCCUGGCAGAGGCAGGGUGGCUUCCAGAUGCCGAGAUCAUCUUAACCUCCUGCCAGGGCCUCCUUGCAGACUCAACAGACCCUGUGCAGAGGACCCGUGCCUUGGAGUGCUGCCACAGACUGCUGCAUGUCCAGAAUGGUUACUGUCGGUUUGAGGAGGCAGAACGCACCUACAACCAGGCGAUGGUGUUGGUGAAGCAGCUGCAGGGAAUGGGUGCCUCCCCCAACUUGGCCUCCCUCUACUCCGAGUUCUCAACACUCUACAUGCUACGUUCCAACUAUGCAGAGGCUUAUAGCUGGAGUGUGAAGGCAUUACAGUCACUUGUAGCCAACUUCCCCAAACCUCCCCUCAUUGAUGUACUGAGGCAGUCAGCCAAGGCUUGUGUGCUUAAACGAGAGUUCAAGAAGGCCAGGCUACUCAUCAAGCAGGCCGUGGUAAUAGCCAGCGAAGUGUUUGGGGAUCAGCAUCCCAAGUAUGCUGACACCCUCAUCGACUAUGGUUUCUACCUUCUUAGUGUUGAUGCCAUCAGUCAAGGUGUCCAGGUGUAUCAGACUGCCCUGGAUGUACGUCAAAGUGUGUUUGGCGGCAUCAACCUCCAUGUAGCUGUUGCCCACGAGGACCUCGCAUAUGCCUCCUAUGUUCACAACUAUGCCCUUGGGAAAUUCAUCCAUGCCAGAACUCAUGCAGAGAGAGCCAUUGACUUGAUGCUACGGCUGCUUCCUGAGGACCACCUCCUCCUUUCCUCCAGCAAAAGAGUCAAGGCUCUCAUCCUGGAGGAGAUGGCCAUCGACAACCCCAACAAAGAUGUCGAGAAGCAGUAUUUGGAAGAGGCUCAUUCAUUGCACAAGGAAGCACUCGCCAUGGCCAUGCGAGCAUUUGGAGAGAUGAAUGUGCAAACAGCCAAACAUUAUGGCAACCUGGGCCGCCUCUACCAGUCAAUGAGGCUGUUCGAGUUGGCUGAAGAAAUGCAUUUGAAAGCCAUCACUAUCAAGGAGCAGCUGCUGGGCCCUGAAGACUAUGAAGUGGCCCUCUCAGUGGGCCAUCUGGCAUCCCUCUACAACUAUGACAUGAUGAAGUUUGACAACGCUGAGCAACUUUACCUGCGCUCUAUUUCCAUUGGCAAGAAACUGUUUGGCGAUGGCUAUUCUGGGUUGGAGUAUGACUAUCGAGGUUUGCUGCGUGUGUACACCAUCCAAGCCAAUAUGGAGAAGUGUUUCAAGUACCAGAACGUCCUGGCAUAUUGGAAGCUGCUCCGAGAUGAAGCACAAGAAAUGCAGACGUCACCCUUCACAGAGUUGACAGAGCCUCUACGAGUCACUGACACUCUACAUCAGUUCAUGUCGAUGUCAUGAAGUUGUCACAGUUUUCAUUCUUCGUGCCCUUUCCUAAUACUCUCUUAAGUGGGGCUCAGAGUGCUCCUACCACUCAGGGGGAGGUGAGUCUAGAUCUUACUUUGACUAUAGGCUGUAUUGCUUCAUGUUAUUCUUACGUUUGUGAACUGAGAAACAGACCAUUCAUUGGUGUGCAUGAGUCAGCAGUGUGGCAAUGAAGCAGCACCAUUAGGGUGAAGGAUGGCUGGUCAGCAACAGUUGCAGACCACUUUUAAAUGAACUGAUUACUUCAUGCACUAUAGAAGGAUUGCUGCCUGGAAGUGUUUCAAUUAUCAAAAGUUGCCAGAAAAAGGCAUAUAUAUAUAUAUAUAU